AGAAGCAGGUUGCGCGAUGUUUUCAUCAUCACGCGCAAGGCUCAUGCCAGUAGGAGGCGCAGCAAGCACCAUGGCGGCUUCCUUGUCGCUUGUUGUGCUCUACCCGAACGGUCACCGGCAGGUUUUCCACGUCAACUCGAACACCAGCAUAUUCCAGAUUCUGGAUGACGCAUGCAAGAAGCAACGCCUGAACCCAUCGGAAUACGAUUUGUACCACCACGAGCGUCCGCUGUCGCACAGCCUGCCGGUGUCGUUCACCAAUCUUCCCAACAAUGCCGAGCUGGAGCUGCGUGCCGCCGCGAACGGCCAGCGUCGGACCGCCGCCGCGGCAGCUGCCAGCGUGGACAUCUGCCUGCAGCUCGAGAACAGCGAGCGGCUCAUGGCACAGUUCCCGGCCUCGGCGUCGCUGUUUGACGUCGUCUCCCACUGGCCUGACAAGAUUGAGGUUCAAGACAAAGACCAGAAAACUGACCUGGUGUGUGUCUACAUGAGGAAAGAGAUUGUUGGCACAGAACAGCUGCGUGGAACAACGUUGCAAAACCUUGGCCUUACGAGCGGCAGGGCAGCCAUCAGGCUUCUACACAGGCCAAAAGGCUGCGUGGUGCAGCAGGCCCACGUGAGCCGGCACUUUGCGGUGCCGUUCAAGAAGGAAGAGGACCCGCCCGCCGCCCGGACCGAAGCUGCACCCACAAGCCCAACCCGGCCCACGUCUCCGAAGCAGCUUCGUCCCGCCACUCCGGUCAAAGACACGGCCACCUCGCCAACGAGACCCAGAUCGGCAUCUCCACAGGAUGUUGUCAUGGAAUCGCCAACCCAUUCUCCAGCUCGUGACAACAAUGCCGCCGGCCCCAAGGUUCGGUUCAGCCCUCCGCCGGCCACGACGAAGGCGGAAACCCUGACCGUGCGUGAAGAAGACAUCAAAUACAUCGGAGAGCGAAAGGCGGUGCUCUUCAACCUGGAACACUGCCCCCCACUAGCUGCUGGUGA